CGGGAAAAGCCUCAGUAAUUUCACAUUGCUAUCCCUGCACAGCGGAGGAUGCAGCUUGGGGAAGCUAGGCAGGGAACGUGGUUGCUCAUCACCUGAUGCUUUGCAGCCUGAGACCCGAUUGGUGGAGAAGGGCUGUAUUUUUUUUCUCCUCCAUGCUGCUUUGAUUUUUUUUUCCUCCUCUUCUUUAGGGUGUCUGCUGUUUCCUAGCGCUUGCAAGAGUCUGGGCAGCAGCAAGCAGCAGCAAUAGCAGCCGGAGGCAGAGGAGCAGUGUUAGCCCAGAAGGAGGCAGGGGACUGCAUGGGAAGGAGCAGCACCUAGCUGGAGAGACUGCUUUUGCAGCCAAGUUUCUGCAAACCAGAAACCUCACCCCAGCUGUGUGCGUGACACACAUUUAAUACACACGGCAGCCACACUAACUUCUUAGCAUCAGAGGUUCCCUGUGGAGACAGGAGCCAGGCGGGUUGGACCAUGGAGCUGCUCUCCACCCCCCGCAGCAUCGAGAUCAACAACAUCACGUGCGACUCGUUCCGGAUCUCCUGGGCCAUGGACGGGGGAGACCUGGAGAGAGUCACCCACUACUUCAUCGACCUCAACAAGAAGGAGAACAAGAACUCCAACAAAUUCAAACACAGGGAUGUGCCCACCAAGCUGGUCGCCAAGGCAGUCCCACUGCCCAUGACUGUGAGGGGCCACUGGUUCCUGAGCCCCAGGACAGAGUACAGCGUGGCCGUGCAGACAGCGGUGAAGCAGAGUGAUGGGGAGUACCUGGUGUCCGGCUGGAGCGAGACCGUGGAGUUCUGCACGGGGGACUAUGCUAAGGAGCACCUGGCCCAGCUGCAGGAGAAGGCUGAGCUCAUUGCGGGCAGGAUGCUCAGAUUCUCGGUCUUCUAUAGGAACCAGCACAAGGAAUAUUUCCAGCACGUCAGGAUGCAUUGUGGGAACAUGAUGAAGCCCUCCCUGAAGGACAACAGUGGGAGCCACGGCUCACCCACCAGCGGCAUGCUGCAUGGGAUCUUCUUCAGCUGCAACACCGAAUUCAACACAGGCCAGCCCCCCCAGGACUCGCCCUACGGCCGCUACCGCUUCCAGAUCCCCGCCCAGCGCCUCUUCAGCCCCAACACCAACCUCUACUUUGCGGACUUCUACUGCAUGUACACCGCCUACCACUAUGUCGUCCUGGUGCUGGCCCCCAAGGGCUCCCCGGGAGACCACUUCUGCCGGGAGCGCCUGCCCCAGCUGGACAUUUCCUGCAACAAGUUCCUGACCUGCUGCAUGGAGGACGGCGAGCUGGUCUAUCACCACGCCCAGGACAUCAUCCUGGAGGUCAUAUACACCGAGCCCGUCGACCUCAGCCUGGGCGUGCUGGGAGAGAUCAGCGGCCACCAACUCAUGAGCCUCUCCACUGCUGAUGCCAAAAAAGACCCCAGCUGCAAGACGUGCAACAUCAGCGUGGGGCGCUAGUGACUUGAGGGGGGAGCUGGAGGGGAUGCGUGUGUGGGGAGGCAUGCAUGAGGCAGGACUGGACUAACCUGAGGCUCUCUGCAAUGGACAUGGUCUGGGAUGGGGGCAGGGGUGGAAACCGGGACCUGGAUGGGAGUUGUGGCCGGAGUGAGUGUGGACUGUGGAUUUCCAAUCUCUCUGUGCAUGCCUCGCUGUCCAAUGUCAAUAUGGACUUGGCAGGAUCCCGGCCCGAGUGAGAGAGGACCUCCGGUGCUGCUCAGAUGGGAUCUUGGCUUCCAUUGACUCCUGCAGACAAACCCUGGUCAGUGUGAGAAGGGAAACUCCUGAGCUCCUGAGCUGGCUGCUAAUCUGCUUCACGCCAAGGUGGAAAGACCCGCCCCUUCUGCACUUGCCCCACUGGGAAGUGGGAGCUCCAGCCCCCUCGGAACCAAGCUGCCCAUUCAUUGCCAUUUUCAUGUUGGAAAGAACAGGAGCUUUGGGUUAAUUCGGAAAUGUUGUCAUCAGGGGAACCCGGAGCUCUUCCCUCUCUGAUAUGAGCUCCCCUUCUCCUAGGUCUGCCCCUUCAGCCCUCCCUUACCCUGUCAAUUCAAUGAGCCCCUCCCUUUCCGCUACUCCCCCCAACCCUGCCCUUUGCUAAGCGCUCAGUCAACUCCUACCUUGCCCAGGUGGGCUAGAUCCUCACCUGCCACCUGAUUCCCACCUGGGGAGCCCUGAAGGGUAUGUCCCACUGCAGCUGGGAGCCAGCCUCCUAGCCCAGGGAGAUAGAUUUGCACGGGGGGGGAGCUUGUGAACCCAGCAUGCACUUAAUCACCUAGCCCAGGUGUGGGUCCUAGCUUAGAUGGCCAGCUGUGAAACUAGAGCCUGCUGUUUUCUCCUGGUUGGGACUUUCAGCUAUUGGAGGCUUGGCAGGCUCAGGAAAGAGCAUGCAGGUACCUCACCCUCAGCUCCCUCCAUCCAGGCUUUGUCUCAGCCCCAGGCUGUCCUGGAGCUUCUUGCUUCACAGCCUUUAUUUACCUGGUUAAGCGCCAUGUAGGAUGGGCGAGCGGCCCCAUUGCAAGUCCCGACAGGCCCCGUGGCACUCCUGGGGUGUGUUGGAAUUCCCGGGGGUGGCUGCAGCAUGAAUGUACCUGCUCCCCUGUCUCAGGUGGAGCCUAGCCCUGCCCAGGAGGCCCCCUCCCGCCCCGGCUGGGCGGGGGAGGAAUGCAGCCUCCCUGCUUGUGACUUCAGCCAUGUCCUGGAGUGAUCUGCCAGCUUCUGGGGUGAGGAAUAAUUUCAGCCUCUCUUCCUUUUGUCCCCCUUGCCCACUCCCACCUCCAAGCACGGCUCUCCCCUGGCCUCCCGCCACUGUGCACCAUGGAACCAGGCUGAUCGGAGCGCUGGACCUCCUUGCUGCUACCAUGUCCCUCGGGCAUGAUCUGCUUGCCAUGCUACGGCCACUGAUGUGUUGCCCCAAGAGGGAUCUUGAGGCGAUGGGUGAAGAGAGGCUUGGCUAGAUCCCAAGCCAUUCACAGCAGAGCCCCAUUCUUGCUUCAACCUAACUUGUCCAUCACUUGAGGCAGCCUGAGCCUAGCAGAACUUCCUCACGCUCCUGCCCCAGGCCCGCCCUGCUCCCCACACCAACCACCUCCUCCCAAGGCUGGGCCUCUCUCCCUCCUCUUUAUAAAUAGUGCUGGGCUUUCUGUGCUAUGUGAAAACUUUAGCUUUCCAGGGGAGUCUGCCGGCACCCAGUCUGCUCGAACAUGUGGCGUGAGGCGCCCAGCAGCCUUCUAGCCAUGCCUGCGAGCUGUCCUUGGCCCCGAGACAGGACAGGAUGAGGGGGCAUCUCCUAAGUUGGAAGAGAGAUGCAGAGUCUGCCCUUCACCACACCCCGCUGCAGAUUGGGGCCAGGGCCUGGAGGACAGAGGCAACAGGGAUGUUCUGUGUGGAGAGGUUUUUCGGCAUCUGGAAAUCAGAUAAGACCCACAGAGGAGCUUGUGGGCAUCCAAAGCAGCAGGUCCAAUCAAAUGAACUAAGGACUCUGGUACCAACAGCUGGAAGAUGUUCGGCGUCCGAGAAUUCUGAUUGCUGUCCUCUUCACCAGCAGGGGGUUGAACCCAGGAACCUUCAGCUUUAAAAGCCUGAGCUGGUACUGUGUGAGUUAAAGGAGCAAGUCCCCCUGCUAGCAGCAGAAGUAGUAGAUUCACAACAGAUUUUAUGUAGACCAGCCACUAGCAGCAGAUAAAGAUCCUAUAGUUUCCUGGUGAGCAGUCAUAUUCUAUACCCGGCAUGUCCCCAGCUGCCCAGAGAAAUAGAGCAGGGCGUUUAUUAUCAAGCAGUCACCCUUAAAAGGGAGGGAAAUGUCAAGCGCUGGCCAUUGCUCCGGGAAGGGAGGCCCUGCUCUGGCGAGCACAGUAGUGUUUUCAUUCUUAGUGGCGUUUGGGGUGCUUGAGCAUCCGGCUGUGCAGUGUUUGCUGUGUGCCGUCGCGGUGUUGUGCUGUUAGUGCUGCAGCCAGGAAGCGAUAAGGACCUUGGCUUUUUUUACACUAGCUUUUGAUUUUCCCCUCAUACUGCCAAAUCCAGCCACGCCAACUAAAAAACCCCCACUCGUCCAUUGGGAUGUGGCUUGUGCAGAGGCUGAUGAUGCCCACAGGCAGUGCAUGGUUUCCUGGCUGGUCUCUGGCCUGUGUGUGGAUACUGACACGGAGGUCCCAAAGGCUGCUGCAUUCUUGGAAGCUUCUCCAAGCAGUAACAUUGAUAGAUCACUCCAGCAACGGCCACAGGAUUUACAGCACCAUGUGACUUAUGUUUCAUUGCUCGUGGCAAUGUGAGAAUUGAGGUAAUAUACUGGAGAUGGGUGCAGGCAGGGAGUGGUAGGUGUGACAGUCAGCCUUCCCUGGGGACAGGCGGAGGAGGGUGGUGGUGACUAAGGGUGUGUCCACAGUGCGAUGAAAGAUCCACGGCACAGCUAUGGCGGGCCUGGGUCAGCUGCCGCAGGCUCAUGGGGCUCAGGCGGUGGGGUUAUAAAAUUGCAAUAUAGACAUUCAAGCUCCCCCAAGGUUAUGAGGGGGGUGGGUCUCAGAGCCUGGGCUCCAGCCCGAGUCGGAACAUCUCCACUGCAAUUUUUAGCCCUGCAGCCCAAGCCCAAGUCAGCUGACAUGGGCUCUGAGACCCAAUGCCAUGGGUUUUUUAUUGCAGUGUAGACCUACCCGGAGAGUCUUCCUUGGAGACAGAAGGAGGAGAGGGGUUGGUGACAAUCGGCCUUUCCUAGAGACAGCUGGAUGGGGGAGGUGGUGAGUGGGAUUGACAGUUUCUCUAGAGACGGGAGGAGGAGGUGUGUGGCACAGCUGACUGUGAACUCGUUGAAUCAGUGGGCCCAGUUCAGAGGUGUUGUGUAAGGGGGUUGUAAGUUGCCCAUUGGCCAAUGCGUGUGACAGUCAGGGAGUCGAGGCUGGUGUAACGCGCACUCUGGAGCAGGAGGUUGAUUGAACUUAGACUGACGUAGGUGCCCCCAUGAGACCAGGAGGGGAGAGUCAGAAUCUGGCUGGGAGGGUGUCUACAAGGGGGGAGCGGCUCUCUGCUUGGGAGCUUCUUGUUGUCCCUUUAAAGGUGACAUAGGCUAGGUUUCCCUUUCCGCAGCAUCAGGGUGGGAGCCAGAAGGGGCCGUGUCUGAUCUGAGAGACUCCAUCUCCCUUUGCCCUCUGUGCCCCACACGUGGCUGACAACCGCAGCAUGGCGCUUGUGUGGCAGCGUCCGCACCAUCCCUGGCCUGAUGUGGUGCUUUUCCAGUCUCUGUGUAUGAUGCACGCUGUAAAGAAAACCCCUUACAAACCUGUGCUGUGCUGACAGUGUGUAUCAAUAAACUAACAACCUGUGUGCA